AGCAGCUCUCUCAUCAGUAAAGCAUACCAAAUGCAAGCUGUGUAGAGAGAAACGGAGAAGGAGAUGGGAGGGGUGACGUCAUCGGUGGCGGCGAAGUUCGCCUUCUUCCCGCCGAGUCCGCCGUCUUACAAGGUGGUGACCGACGAGCUCACCGGCCUGUUGCUUCUCAGCCCUUUCCCCCACCGCGAAAACAUAGAAAUCGUAAAGCUUCCGACCAGGAGAGGCACAGAGAUCGUGGGCAUGUACGUGAGGCAUCCCAUGGCUACCUCCACGCUCCUCUACUCCCAUGGCAACGCCGCCGAUCUGGGACAGAUGUAUGAGCUCUUCAUCGAGCUUAGCAUCCAUCUCAAGGUUAAUCUUAUGGGAUACGAUUACUCCGGGUAUGGACAAUCUACUGGAAAGCCGAGUGAGCAUAACACUUAUGCUGAUAUCGAAGCUGUUUAUAAGUGUCUUGAAGAAACCUUUGGCUCUAAGCAGGAAGAUGUCAUUCUCUACGGCCAAUCUGUAGGCAGCGGACCUACGUUAGAUCUUGCUUCCCGGUUGCCUCAACUGAGAGCCGUGGUCCUUCACAGCCCAAUUCUCUCCGGUUUAAGAGUUAUGUACGCAAUCAAGAAAACCUACUGGUUCGACAUCUACAAGAAUAUCGACAAAAUCCCGUAUGUCGAUUGCCCGGUUCUCAUCAUUCAUGGAACUUCGGAUGAAGUAGUGGAUUGUUCUCAUGGGAAACAACUAUGGGAACUCUGCAAAGACAAGUACGAGCCGCUCUGGGUGAAAGGAGGGAACCACUGUGAUCUUGAACACUACCCUGAAUAUAUCAGGCACCUUAAGAAAUUCAUAGCAACAGUAGAGAGAUUGCCUUGUCCGAGGAUGAGCAGCGACCAAUCAGAGAGGGUGAGUAGAGAUGCGCCCCCGAGGAAAAGUAUGGACAGGAGAGUGAAGCCGAGGCAGAGCACAGAGCGUAGAGAGAGAGAGAAGCCACCAAAGAGUCAGUCGAAGAAGAGUAGCAGCAAGCUCAAGAUAUCUUUUGAUCAUCUUGAUCGCUCGCGGAAGAGUGUUGACUGCCAUGAAAAGACUCGGAAGAGCGUUGACCAGAUUGAGAGGGGGAGGAAGAGUAUGGAUAGGUUGGAUAGAGUUCGCUCCGAGUAAAAUCCACAGAGACACACAUAUAUAUAAUACAGUACAUAACUGUUC